AUGCGAUCCACCGAGGCUGCAUGUUUAACAUGUCGGCAAAAAUCAAGACGAUGUGAUCGAGCCCGGCCGAUGUGCAAGCGUUGUGUCAGCAAGGGACUGCAAUGUGGCGGUUAUCCCGAUAAGUUUAGAUUCUGUGGGAUCGCUAGCCGAGGCAAAUGGAAGAAUCAAAACGCGCCCGUUGAGCAGCUCUUGUCAUCAGCGGAUAGUCAGAUUCAAAACGCCUUGAGCACCUCGCCCACAGAGUCAAAUACUUUGGGCAGCAAUGUCCCCUCACAGACUCUCACUCCUAAUGACAAGCCUGAGAUUGAAAGAGUGUUGGAGUCGACAGAAACAGAAGUUCUCCUCUCACACUAUGAUCGCGUUAUCUGCCCACAUCAGAUAGCUCAACAGGUCGAAAGUAAGAAUCCGUAUCGGCUUUAUGUUCUAUCACUGGCAUAUGAACAAAUCGGACUAUUGUACUCCGUCCUUGCACUGUCGGCCUGUCAUUUGGGUCAUUUGAAAUUUUACAGAAAUCUGUAUGAAGAUAUCGCUGUGGACUACCGGCUCAAAGCUAUCACCGAACUGGGUACUGCAAUCAGAAAAGUGGGAUCAGGAGACUUCAGUGCAAAUGAGAGGGACGGCGUUUUUGCCACUAUUCAAAUUCUUCUUCUGCAUGAUAUUUGCGAGUCGGGAAUCUCAUCACAAGGGGCCCAUAUCUCUGGUGCUAUGUCGAUCUGCUCUCAGCUAAUGCUAGAUCAGCAUUUGACUGUUUCCGACGAGCGAACGGUCUUCUUUCUGGGAAACUUGGCCUGGUUGGAUAUUAUUCGAUCAUUUUCUGCUUCUGGAAGGCUGUGCUUCCCCCAACCACUUCGCGAAAAACUCCUAUCUUUAUGUGACUUGCGCUUUGAGUCUGUGAAUGGCUGUCCGCGCGAAUUAGUCCUUAUCAUUGGAAACGUACUUGAGCAAGGCAAAGCCCAUUCAACGGGUCUCAUUGGUACUAAUGAGUUCAAGGGGAGUUUACAAAACUCGAUACAAAAGUUCUUUCUGUGGGACUCCUCUCGCUGUUUUUACCCAAACGAAGAUCCUCUUUGGCUUUCUGUUGCUGAGGCGUAUCGACAUACUUGCAUUUUACGCACACGCCGCCUACUAGAUGAAAUGGAACCUGCCACUAAACCUCAUAUACAGGAGUCAGUCAAUGCUAUUCUGGAUUCUAUCUCGAAGAUCCCAGCAACCAGCCCUUUGAUUGAACUUCUGGUACUCCCACUCUUCAUGGCGGGUGCUGACUGUCUUUCUCUGCAUUCGAGACAUUAUGUCCUAUUAAGACUUGGAGAUAUUAAAGCCCGGUCGGAGUUUGGCGGUACAGCACCCCAAACAAUCCUCGAAAAGGUAUGGGAAGCACGGGCACAACAAUCACUCCACGACAAAAGCAACAUUCCGUGGAUGCUCUUUACACAGAAUGCCGACUCAAUGCAUCAAGAUGACUAUCUGAUCAUCUGA